AAACCUUGUUAUUUCAAUUCGAAAUAUAUAACAUAUGUGCAAAAAUAAUCACGCAUCUCUACAGUCCUCGUUACAGUGUAAGUAAGAUGAAGAAAGAAAUAACUGUUAUAUUUUUCCUCUUUUAUUCAAGUGUGAAUUCAUCAGUCCGUGAGAAACGUCUAGUACUUCACAGUAGUGACGAUGUAUUUAACGAAAUCCAAAACCUGAAGUUGGAAAAUGCAAAUAUAAAGGCAUCUUUAGAUGCUUUAAUAAAAGAUACAGGUUCAGUCUAUACACGUUGGGGAAAAACUGAUUGUGAUGGAAAUGCAACUGAAAAAGUGUAUUCAGGGUAUACUGCUGGAACACCCUAUGAUAAUUCAGGUGGUGCAGCGAGUUACAUUUGUCUUCCUGAAAAUCCAACAUGGGCAAAGUUCGUUGAAGGUCUACAAAAUGAAGGAGCCUACAUUUCUGGCACCGAGUUCGAGAGUGGUUAUUCUAACACAUUUAAUCCCUUCCCAAAGAAUAUGUUAAACCAAGAUGCACCAUGUGUAGUUUGUAGAAGUCCAAGACCAACUUCAAUUAUGAUACCAGGAAAAACUGAUUGUUAUUCAGGAUGGACACUGGAAUAUACUGGGUACCUCAUGUCUGGACACUACAGUUAUAAAGGUGGCACAGAUUACGCAUGUGUUGAUGCCAAUCCAGACGCCGUUUUACAUGGUGAAAGAGAUCAGAAUGGAAAGCUGUUUUAUUUCGUGGAAGUGAAAUGUGGGUCCUUACCAUGUCAGGAGUAUCCACAAGGUCGAGAGUUAGCAUGUGUAGUUUGCACUAAAUAAAAAAGUGUACAUAUUAUCUAUAAAGUACGACAUUGCUCUCUACCAUGACCUUCCUUGAUGUGAUGUGAUAUAUAUAUAUAAAAAAUCAGGACAUUUUGAAAGUCUGGCCGAUUUGAAAUACAAAUGUAUUGAAAU